AUGGACGCAGACCUCAUCAAACUCGUCAACAAGCUUCAGGACACCUUCGCCAAUCUUGGCGGAGAGCUCGACAUGCCCCAGCUGGCUGUGGUUGGAAGCCAGUCUGCAGGGAAGUCGAGUGUCCUCGAAACCAUCGUUGGGCGCGACUUCCUUCCUCGAGGCUCUGGAAUCGUUACUCGCAGACCUCUCGUUCUCCAGCUCAUCCAUACCCCCGUCCCCGAUCACCCAGUAGACUACACCGAAUGGGGCCAGUUCCUCCACAUCGACAAACGCUUCUCCGACUUUAACGACAUCCGCAAAGAGAUCGAGCAGGAGACCUUCCGUGUCGCCGGUCAGAACAAAGGUAUCAGCAAGCUCCCCAUCCAUCUCCGCAUAUGCAGCCCCAAUGUACUCGACCUCACCCUCGUUGAUCUACCCGGUCUCACAAAGAUUCCCGUGGGCGACCAGCCAAGCGACAUCGAGAAGCAAAUCCGCGGCCUGGUGCUCGACUACAUCACAAAACCCAACUGUGUCAUUCUCGCGGUAUCUGGUGCCAACGUCGACCUCGCCAACUCAGAAGCGUUGAAGCUUGCGCGUUCAGUCGACCCCCAAGGACGGCGCACGAUUGGGGUCCUGACAAAGCUCGACCUCAUGGACGCGGGUACCAACGCGCUCGACAUUCUCACCGGGCGCGUGUAUCCCCUAAAGCUCGGCUUUAUCGGUGUCGUCAACCGCUCCCAGGCGGACAUCAACAACGAGAAGCCGAUGACGGAUGCGCUUGACUCUGAAGCUGAGUUCUUCCGUUCCCAUCACGCGUACCGCAACAUCGCGCACAAGAAUGGCACGAAAUACCUUGCCAAGACGCUCAACCAGGUGCUGAUGAACCACAUCCGCGACAAGCUUCCAGACAUGAAGGCGCGCCUAAACACGCUGAUGGGCCAGGCGCAGCAAGAACUGAACUCGUUCGGCGACGCAGCGCUUUACGGCGACAAAAACCAGCAGAGCGGGCUCAUCCUCCGCCUCAUGACGCAAUUCGCGCGCGACUUCGUGGCAUCGAUCGAGGGGACGAGCGUCGAUAUCUCGACCAAGGAGCUCUCGGGCGGCGCACGGAUAUACUACAUCUUCAACGACGUCUUUGGUCAGGCGCUCACCAGCAUCGAUGCGACGCACAACCUCGAUGGCCAGGACAUCCGAACAGCGAUUCGCAACUCAACUGGCCCACGACCGAGUCUUUUCGUGCCCGAAAUCGCGUUUGACCUUCUCGUGAAGCCUCAGAUCAAGCUCCUGGAAGCGCCGAGUCUUCGUUGCGUCGAGCUUGUGUAUGAGGAGCUCGUGAAGAUUUGUCACAACUGCACGAGCGCGGAAUUGCAGCGGUUCCCGCGGUUACACGCUCAACUCGUGGAGGUUGUCUCUGAGCUCCUGCGCGAGCGACUUGGCCCCACGACGGACUACACUCAGAGCUUGAUUGACAUUCAGACCGCAUACAUCAACACAAAUCACCCCGCAUUCAUCCAAGGAUCCGCCGCCGCCGCGCACACGAUAACGAACCCUCCAAAACAGAACAUCCCUCGACACCACUCCUCUUCUGCCCAGAUCACGUCCACCGAGUCCGUCAACGGUGCAUCCUCGCCCGAGGAAGAUGACGAGGAAGAAGCGCCAGUAAACGGCGUCACGAAUGGUACCGGUUCCCUCCGCUCCCCGCUUGACCGCCGCAGCGGGGCCGCGUCCGCUCCCCCUUCCGCCCCCACUGCUGUCCCUCCACGGCACCACCACCAGCACCAUCUCGGGAACGCGUCGCGCAACGUCUCCGGAGCGUCGACCGCAAGCGGCGCACCUGGGGCGCCGGGUACGGCGAAGGAGACGUUCCUGAACUACUUCUUCGGUCAGAACGGUACUGGUCCUCUCGGCCCCGGAAAUGGAGGUGUCGCUGAGCGGAGCGCAACGACGGGCCGGGAUGUGAGUGGCGCGGAUCCAGCACUCGAGACGGGGCUGAUGGCCGGGAAGCGGGGGAUGGACAGGAGCAACGCCGCGUUCGACAUGAAGAGUCUCGGGAAGCACAUCGAGGCAGCUUCGGACUCGACGAAUGAGUUGACGAUGCGCGAAGAGAUGGAGACUAACCUGAUUCGGUCGCUCAUCCAGUCGUACUUCAACAUCGUCCGGCAGUCGAUCCAGGAUCUUGUUCCGAAGGCGAUCAUGCACCUUCUUGUCAACAACACGUCGCAGCAGGUCCAAAACCGGCUCGUGGCAUCACUGUAUAAGCCCGAGUUGUUCGGCGAGCUCUUGAACGAGGAUGAGACGCUCGUCGCGGAACGCGCGCGCGUCAAGGCGUUGCUCGACGCAUACCGAGACGCGUUCAAAACACUCUCCGAAGUUUCGCUCAAGUCUACGUAG